UUCUUUUCACUUAUUACAUAAACUUCUUGUGUCAUCCUUUGAACAUGACUUCACAUGUCAAACACAUAACCGGACCUUGAAAUUUUCGACGCUUUUGUCUCCAUGUGAUAGCGUUGGCCUGUCUAUUCUUUUGCUCCUCGAUCGCACCACCCAUGCAGACCUUUUCAAAGCCUUUACAAGAGUCAGUGGCGUCCCUUCUAGCUCAAAGAAAGGCGCAAGUUGUUGGAGCAGCUGCUUUGUCAUUCGCAGCAACUCUACUCAUCACUAGUCGGAAACCAAAGACCAGCAAAGACCAUCACCUCCAUUCCAAGAAUCAAGCACUAGAGCGUGUACUUAUACCAUUCUCUCAGCAAUCACUUCAGAAGCCUCCAAAAGCUUUGUUGGCUCAAACUACGCUCGAAACGAUCCGCCAACAUAAGCAAUUUUUCAAACCAGUGGAAAAUGUUCAAAAGGUUGGCGUCAAUAACGAGUUCCUGCGUCAGCUCAAAGCCAUUUUCAAGAUCAUUUUGCCUACAUUCCGCACCAAAGAAGCAUUGCUCAUUAUCCUGCACUCCAUAUUCUUGGUUCUUCGUACGUGGUUGAGUGUCGUGGUAGCUCGUCUUGAUGGUCGCAUCGUGAAAAAUUUAGUCGCCGCCAACGGUCGCGCCUUUGCCUUGAGUCUGGUGGAGUGGUUCGCCAUUGCCAUUCCAGCUACUUACACAAAUAGCAUGAUUCGUUACCUGCAAUCAAAACUGUCCAUUGGAUUUAGAACUCGCUUGACAAGAUAUGUCCAUGAUCUUUACUUGGACGAUAAGAAUGCAUUUUAUAGAAUCAUCAACUUGGAUAACAGAAUACAGGGUGCUGAUCAGUUCAUCACAACCGAUAUCGCAAAGUUCUGUGACACCUUGGCAUCUCUUUAUUCUAAUCUUGCCAAACCUAUGUUAGAUACUGUUAUAUUUAAUUACCAGCUUACCAAAUCCAUUGGUGCAGCUGGUAUGGUGGGUCUAUUUGUCAAUUACAUCAUUACCGCCCGCCUGCUUCGCGCUGUCACUCCUUCUUUCGGAAAGUUGGCCGCCAUAGAAGCCAAGCUUGAGGGUGACUUCAGAGGAGCACAUACCAGAUUGAUUACCAACGCAGAAGAAAUCGCCUUUUAUAAUGGAGCAGAGCUCGAACAUUCUAUAUUGAAUCGCACGUAUUUACGCCUCAUAAGCCAUAUCAAUUCUAUUUACAAGAUCAGAAUCACAUACAAUAUGUUUGAGGAUUUCUUGAUCAAGUAUGUGUGGAGUGCCUUCGGUCUUGGUAUGUGCGCUAUACCUGUCUUCCUUCCUGAAUGGGCUGGCGCGGUUGUUCCCUUGAAGGAUGGCGAUAGCCCUGAGAGUGGACGAACGAAGGGAUUCAUUACCAACAAAAGACUGAUGAUUUCGCUCUCUGAUGCCGGAGGUCGCAUGAUGUAUUCAUACAAGGAACUCGCUGAACUUGCUGGUUACACUUCUCGUGUCUACAACCUACUCUCCGUUCUUCAUUCACUGCACAGCGAUGAGUUCCAAUCUGCCAAGGACGCUGAAGGUGAAUAUACUUUGGAUAAGAUCAAGGGCAAGAUCAACGAAGACUACAAUGGUAUCAAGUUUGAGCAUGCUCCUAUCGUCACACCUGCUCCAGGAAGUGACCGUGGUGGUGAACUUCUUGUAAAGGACCUUAACAUUACAGUUAAGCCCGGAGAACAUUUGCUAAUCACUGGCCCUAACGGUGUUGGCAAGACAGCCAUUGCUCGUGUCAUUGCUGGCUUAUGGCCAUUGUUCUCUGGUUCUCUCUCUAAACCCGACAUAGAAGAUAUCUUUUAUAUCCCUCAAAGACCAUACCUCAGUCUUGGUACUCUUCGUGACCAAGUCAUCUAUCCUCAUUCGCAUGAAGACAUGCUUCGCGAAGGACGCACGGACAAAGAACUUUUUGAGAUUCUAGAAGUUGUUCACCUGGCAUACAUUCCAGAUCGCGAAGGCGGAUGGGAAACUAAGAAAGAAUGGAAGGAUGUCUUUUCUGGAGGCGAAAAACAGAGGAUGGGUAUGGCUCGCAUGUUCUACCAUCAACCCAAGUUUGCGGUUUUGGACGAAUGUACUAGUGCUGUGUCUACUGAUGUGGAAGGUCUCAUGUACUCUCAUGCAAAGGAUACUGGUAUCACUUUGAUCACCAUUUCCCAUCGUCCUGCGCUAUUUAAAUACCACCGACAUUUGCUCCGUUUGAAUGGGGAAAAAGGAACCUGGGAAACAGAGACCAUUGGUACCAAGGAGCAGCAAAUGUCUCUGGACAAGGAAAUCCAAGCUUUGCAAAGCCAGUUGAAGGAGGUCGAGACAAUGAGGACCCGCCUUCAAGCCAUCGAUACCGAACUCAGUUUGAAAGUGUAACUCCCCUUCCUUAUAUGCCCAAGCUGUUAGACAUCCAAUCGAAAAUAUAAACCUGAUAAUAUAUGUAAUCCAUUCUAUAAGCCUUUGACUCUUUUUCUUCUGUCGUUCAUACCACUA